GAGACACACACAGAGAGAAACAACACCCAACAACUAGGAAGAGAGAAAGAAAGAAACCCACCCACCCACCAAAAAAAAAAAAAAAAAAAAAAAAAUUCCUGUGGCGCGCCGCCUGGUUCCCGGGAAGACUCGCCAGCACCAGGGGGUGGGGGAGUGCGAGCUGAAAGCUGCUGGAGAGUGAGCAGCCCUAGCAGGGAUGGACAUGAUGCUGUUGGUGCAGGGUGCUUGUUGCUCGAACCAGUGGCUGGCGGCGGUGCUCCUCAGCCUGUGCUGCCUGCUACCCUCCUGCCUCCCGGCUGGACAGAGCGUGGACUUCCCCUGGGCGGCCGUGGACAACAUGCUGGUCAGAAAAGGGGACACGGCGGUGCUUAGGUGUUAUUUGGAAGAUGGAGCUUCAAAGGGUGCCUGGCUGAACCGGUCAAGUAUUAUUUUUGCGGGAGGUGAUAAGUGGUCAGUGGAUCCUCGAGUUUCAAUUUCGACUUUGAAUAAAAGGGACUACAGCCUCCAGAUACAGAAUGUAGAUGUGACAGAUGAUGGCCCAUACACGUGUUCUGUUCAGACUCAACAUACGCCGAGAACAAUGCAGGUUCAUCUAACUGUGCAAGUUCCUCCGAAGAUAUAUGACAUCUCAAAUGACAUGACCGUCAAUGAAGGAACCAAUGUCACCCUUACUUGUUUGGCCACUGGAAAACCAGAGCCUUCCAUCUCUUGGCGGCACAUCUCCCCAUCAGCAAAACCAUUUGAAAAUGGACAAUAUUUGGACAUUUAUGGAAUUACAAGGGACCAGGCUGGGGAAUAUGAAUGCAGUGCGGAAAACGAUGUGUCAUUCCCAGAUGUGAAAAAAGUAAAAAUUGUCGUAAACUUUGCUCCUACGAUUCAGGAAAUUAAAUCUGGCACCGUGACCCCCGGACGCAGUGGAUUGAUAAGAUGUGAAGGUGCAGGUGUGCCGCCUCCGGCCUUUGAAUGGUACAAAGGAGAGAAGAAGCUCUUCAAUGGCCAACAAGGAAUUAUUAUUCAAAAUUUUAGCACAAGAUCCAUUCUCACUGUUACCAAUGUGACACAGGAGCACUUCGGCAACUAUACUUGUGUGGCUGCCAACAAGCUGGGCACGACCAAUGCGAGCCUGCCUCUUAACCCUCCAAGUACAGCCCAGUAUGGAAUUACCGGGAGCGCUGAUGUUCUUUUCUCCUGCUGGUACCUUGUGUUGACACUGUCCUCUUUCACCAGCAUAUUCUACCUGAAGAAUGCCAUUCUACAAUAAAUUUAAAGACCCAUAAAAGGCUUUUAAGGAUUCUCUGAAAGUGCUGAUGGCUGGAUCCAAUCUGGUACAGUUUGUUAAAAGCAGCGUGGGAUAUAAUCAGCAGUGCUUACAUGGGGAUGAUCGCCUUCUGUAGAAUUGCUCAUUAUGUAAAUACUUUAAUUCUACUCUUUUUUGAUUAGCUACAUUACCUUGUGAAGCAGUACACAUUGUCCUUUUUUUAAGACGUGAAAGCUCUGAAAUUACUUUUAGAGGAUAUUAAUUGUGAUUUCAUGUUUGUAAUCUACAACUUUUCAAAAGCAUUCAGUCAUGGUCUGCUAGGUUGCAGGCUGUAGUUUACAAAAACGAAUAUUGCAGUGAAUAUGUGAUUCUUUAAGGCUGCAAUACAAGCGUUCUGUUCCCUGUUUCAAUAAGAGUCAAUCCACAUUUACAAAGAUGCAUUUUUUCUUUUUUGAUAAAAAAAGCAAAUAAUAUUGCCUUCAGAUCAUUUCUUCAAAAUAUAACACAUAUCUAGAUUUUUCUGCUCGCAUGAUAUUCAGGUUUCAGGAAUGAGCCUUGUAAUAUAACUGGCUGUGCAGCUCUGCUUCUCUUUCCCUGUAAGUUCAGCAUGGGUGUGCCUUCAUAAAAUAAUACUUUUCUCUUUGUCUCCAACUAAUAUAAAAUGUUUUGCUAAAUCCUACAAUUUGAAAGCAAAAAUAAACCAUAAUGAUAAAGUUAAACUAUACAUCUAUAAAGAAUGAAGGAGCUAUUGAACUGUAAACAUCUCUUCCUUCGUUCCCAGUGGGGUUUGAGAAUUUUGCCCCACAAUAACUCUGUUUUUUGAUGAGAAACAAUUUAAUAACAUAGUACAAUAAAUAUACCAUAUGGUUUCUUUAGUUGUAGCUAAAUGUUAGAUCCUUUGUGGGAAAUAAUUCCCUUCAAAAUGACAGCACAGUCCACUCAAGGGAUUGCCUAGCAAUACAGCAUCUUUUCCUUUCACUCUUCCAAGCUAAAAUUUUUAAGAUGAUGUGUCAGAAAGGACACAGAAUCCUAUCAUCUAAUGUUACAUGAGUUGGUAAGUGCUCAUAAUUAAUUUGGUUUUGUGGUAGGUAACUUGGUAUGACAAAGACAGUGAUCCUGUGGACAGGAGCAUUGUGCGUGUUUUCCAUCUUAAAACCACCCAGUUGAUAGUCUGGAAUACAUGUUAUAUUUUUUAAAAGUUCCAAAAUAUACUAUAACAAAUAUCAUAUAUUGGUAUGUAGCAGAUCAAUCCCUGAAAUAACUAAUUCUUCAGUGAAAUAUUUCUCUAUAGCCAUUUCAGUUCAAAUAAAUGAAGCCAAAACAAUUACCAUGCUUUAUUUUUUUUACAUGAUAUAUGUAACAUAUGAUCAAGUAAAAACAUGACACCUGUAAUGGGACUAUCUUAAGAUAUAUUAAUUAUUAAAUUAUUGUGAAUAUUAAAUUAUCUCUAUUAUAAAGAAUUAAAGCUUACAAUUUUGAAGGAAAAUGCUGUUACUCUAAGUAUUACAUUACAGGAAUAGUUUGAUGGUUUUUCUCUUUACUAAAAGAAAGACCAUAGCCGUGAAAGCCAUUUUACAGGUUUGAUGAAGUUACCGAUGUCAGUACACCUAGAUUUCUACAAACGGUCCCCUUUUUGCACGUCAUAACAAGAACAAUGAUUCUAGAAAUAAAAUUAAAUGCAAGAAAUUUUAAAGUGGUUGUACAUAUAUAUCUAAUAUGUUGCCCUACAAGAGAGAGCUUGAAAAUUGUAAUUUUCUAAAGUAAAAUUUAGUUCCAAAGUAUACUAUAUAUAAAUCUAUUUUAAUUAGAAAAAUGAAUCUGAAAUGAGGGGGCAUAAAUAUACAGAAUUUCCACAAAAUAACAAUAAUAUGGCAGAAUGCUAUUAAAUCCACUAACUGUAACAGAUUUAUGACAUUAUUUGACUGAUAUAUAAUGAGCUUUUAAAACCAAUAUGGCAUUUAACUUUAUUAUUUAUUUGCUUUUCAAAAAAAAAUUCUUUGUGGAAUUGGUAAGUAAACUACAAAGCAUUAUUUUGUAUUGCAGCUUUAAAGUGGCACACUCCAUUAUAAUCUACUUACUAGAAAUAGUGGUGCUACCACAAAAGUGUUAACCAUCAGUAACAUUGUUUGGGAGAAAGAAACAGAUCAAGAAUGCAUAUUAUACAGUGAUCGCUUUCCUAGAGUUAAAAAUACCUCCUCUUUGUAAGGUUUGUAGGGUAAAUGUGAGGUAAAUUGAGGUAUAAACUAUGGAUGAACCAAAUAAUUAGUUCAAAGUGUUGUCAUGAUUCCGAAUUUGUGGAGUCUGGUGUUUUUCCCAUAGAAUGUGACAGAAGUACAGUCAUAGCUCAGUAGCUAUAUGUAUUUGCCUUUAUGUUAGAAGAGACUUUCUUGAGUGACAUUUUUAAAUAGAGGAGGUAUUCGCUAUGUUUUUCUGUAUCACAGCAGCAUUCCUAGUCCUUAGGCCCCUGGACAGAGUGAAAUCAUGAGUAUUUAUGAGUUCAAUAUUGUCAAAUAAGGCUACAGUAUUUGCUUUUUUGUGUGAAUGUAUUGCAUAUAAUGUUCAAGUAGAUGAUUUUACAUUUAUGGACAUAUAAAAUGUCUGAUGACACCAUUUUAUCAGUCCUGACUGUACAAGAUUGUUGCAAUUUCAGAAUAGCAGUUUUAUAAAAUUGAUUUAUCUUUUGAUCUAUAACAAUUUUUUAUUAGCUAUUCAUUUCAGCAUUAUAUUUUCCACAAGCUCCAUUUGUGGGACUCAUUUUGUUGCCCCUAACUUUUUUUUUCAAAGAAGGAAGAAAGAAAAAUAAAGAGCAGUUGAAAAAGUAGAGUGGAGAGAAAAGAAAAGAGAGAAAAGGAAAGGAAGUAAAGAGAGAGGGGAAAAAAGGGAGGAAGAAAGGAGAGUAAGAGAAAGGAAGAAAGGAAGGCAUGCAGGAAGGA